AUGGCACUCAAUUUCGGCCCACGCUGUAGAUCAUCCUCAGAGAAGCGUCAAGCCACGUCAUCUUCGCCCUCGGUCCUCUGCUUGUGCGGGCCCUCGUGUCCUUCGACUCGCUCUGACUCGUCCACCUCUACAUUCCUUCUUCAACUUCACGAUAAGCUCAAAGCUACGAGCACGUUGAUCACAUCAGAUCUUCCUAGCCAUGAACACACGGCCAGAGGACUCUUGACGCGGAGUCGUAUCAGAACUCAUGGAAGCUACCGUUGGGAAUUUGUGUCGGUGAAGCAAGGAAGAAAGAGAGAAAGUGGGCUCUGGGCACAUACUGUGCACACAGACAGCAGAACUUUGGCAGCUGCGAAAGCUGGGCGAGUGACUUGGCAUAUGUCUGCCUUCCACCUCCAGCACAGCCACUGAUAGUGGAGUGGAGAUGGUAUGCGAUGAUGGGUGUACCUUACUCAUCAGCCAGCCAGCACAGCAUAGCAUAGCACGGCUUCGGUACACUCAGAUCUCGCUCUGACUAAGCGGGAUUUAAUAUAUAGAACAGAUAUCAAGAGAAGAAUCACAAGUGCACGUUUGCUGCAACGGCCAGUUUAGAGUAUGGUGAAUAUGUCAAUUAGAGUAUAUAAACAGCUCGCUCCUGCGUCGAGGCCACAUUACAUCCAUCAGAGAGAAGUGAGAGCAACAGAGCAUCAGUGUGGCUUAGAUAAUGGAUUACCAAUAUGGAGCCUAGGCCGGUCUUACCCGUUUGGUUUCACCCAUGGGUACUUUCCAUCUGAUUCUUACUUUUUUUUGCUGGAUAAGUGAUAGUGAUCCGAACGAAAAUUUGGAUGUGUAGUAGGAACUGUUUCAAAAAGUGCGACGAGGGAAUCGAUUACAUGGUGGAGGUAUAUUCAUGGCACCAACUACUGGAAGUGGUCCAAAAGCUUCACUUACACCAAUUCAUUUGGAACUUCACUCCGUCAGAUUUUUAACUCUUUCUGG